GUGACGAGGAGGGCCGGGGGGGAGCGGGACAGCCUGGGGGGGGCCCGGCUGGAGUCCCUGGAGGAGCCCCCCAAGCCCAAAGUGACCCCGAUCCCCGAGGGCAGCGCCUUCUUCCUGCUGAGCAGCACCAACCCGCUGCGGGUUCGCUGCCACGCCCUCAUCAACCACCACGUGUUCACCAACCUCAUCCUCGUCUUCAUCAUCCUCAGCAGCGUCUCCCUCGCCGCCGAGGAUCCCGAUCCCGUGCGGGCGCACUCACCACGAAACCACAUUUUGGGGUACUUCGACUACGCCUUCACCUCCAUCUUCACCGUGGAGAUCCUGCUCAAGAUGACGGUGUUCGGGGCCUUCCUGCACAAAGGCUCCUUCUGCCGGAACUGGUUCAACCUCCUGGACCUGCUGGUGGUCGGGGUGUCCCUCAUCUCCUUCGGCAUGCACUCCAGCGCCAUCUCGGUGGUGAAGAUCCUGCGGGUGCUGAGGGUCCUGCGGCCCCUCCGGGCCAUCAACCGGGCCAAGGGCCUCAAGCACGUUGUCCAGUGCGUGUUCGUCGCCAUCCGCACCAUCGGCAACAUCAUGAUCGUCACGACGCUGCUGCAGUUCAUGUUCGCCUGCAUCGGGGUGCAGCUCUUCAAGGGCAAGUUCUACAGCUGCACCGACGAGGCCAAACACACGCCGGGGGAGUGCAAGGGGACGUUCCUGGUGUACAAGGACGGGGACGUUUCCCACCCCUCGGUGCGGGAGCGCCUCUGGCUCAACAGCGACUUCAACUUCGACAACGUGCUGGCCGGGAUGAUGGCCCUGUUCACCGUGUCCACCUUCGAGGGGUGGCCAGCGCUGCUGUACAAGGCCAUCGACGCCAACGCCGAGGACCAGGGGCCCAUCUACAACUACCGGGUGGAGAUCUCCAUCUUCUUCAUCGUCUACAUCAUCGUCAUCGCCUUCUUCAUGAUGAACAUCUUCGUGGGCUUCGUCAUCAUCACCUUCCGCGCCCAGGGCGAGAGCGAGUACCGCAACUGCGAGCUCGACAAGAACCAGCGCCAGUGUGUGGAGUACGCGCUGAAGGCGCAGCCGCUGCGCCGUUACAUCCCCAAGAACCGCACCCAGUACCGGGUGUGGGCCAUGGUGAACUCCACGGCCUUCGAGUACAUCAUGUUCGUGCUCAUCCUGCUCAACACCAUCGCCCUCGCCGUGCAGCACUACGAGCAGUCGAAGCCCUUCAACUACGUGAUGGACCUGCUGAACAUGGUGUUCACCGGGCUCUUCACCGUGGAGAUGGUGCUCAAGAUCAUCGCCUUCAAACCCCGGCACUAUUUCUGUGACGCCUGGAACACCUUCGACGCGCUGAUCGUGGUGGGCAGCGUGGUGGACAUCGCGGUCACCGAGGUCAAUAACGGGGGGCACGUCGGUGAGAGCUCCGAGGACAGCUCCCGCAUCUCCAUCACGUUUUUCCGGCUGUUCCGGGUCAUGCGCCUCGUCAAGCUGCUCUCCAAGGGGGAGGGGAUCCGCACCCUGCUCUGGACCUUCGUCAAGUCCUUCCAGGCCCUGCCCUACGUCGCCCUCCUCAUCGCCAUGAUCUUCUUCAUCUACGCCGUCAUCGGGAUGCAGACCUUCGGGAAGGUGGCUCUGCAGGACGGGACCCAGAUCAACCGCAACAACAACUUCCAGACCUUCCCCCAGGCCGUGCUGCUGCUCUUCAGGUGUGCCACGGGGGAGGCGUGGCAGGAGAUCAUGCUGGCCAGCCUGCCGGGCAAACGCUGCGACCCCGAGUCGGACGCGGAGCCGGGGGAGGAGUUCACCUGCGGCAGCAACUUCGCCAUCGCCUAUUUCAUCAGCUUCUUCAUGCUCUGCGCCUUCCUGAUCAUCAACCUGUUCGUGGCCGUCAUCAUGGACAACUUCGAUUACCUGACGCGCGACUGGUCCAUCCUGGGCCCGCACCACCUGGACGAGUUCAAGCGCGUGUGGUCCGAGUACGACCCGGCUGCCAAGGGCCGCAUCAAGCACCUGGACGUUGUGACGCUGCUGCGCCGGAUCCAGCCCCCUGGCUUCGGGAAGCUCUGCCCCCACCGCGUGGCCUGCAAGCGCCUGGUGGCCAUGACAUGCCCCUCAAACUCGGACGGGACCGUCACCUUCAACGCGACGCUCUUCGCGCUCGUCCGCACCUCCCUCAAGAUCAAGACGGAAGGGAACCUGGAUGUGGCCAACAAGGAGCUCCGGGCCGUGGUCAAGAAGAUCUGGAAGAGGACGAAGCCGAAGCUGCUGGACGAGGUCAUCCCCCCGCCCGAGGAGGAGGAAGUCACCGUGGGGAAGUUCUACGCCACCUUCCUGAUCCAGGACUAUUUCCGCAAGUUCCGCCGGCGGAAGGAGCGGGGGAUGCUGGGCCCCAGCGCCGCCCCCAGCAACGAGAGCGCCCUGCAGGCCGGGCUGCAGACGCUGCAGGCGCUGGGCCCCGAGAUGCGCCGGGCGCUGAGUGACCUGGAGGGGGACGAGGGCGGCGACGCCCCCGCGGAGGAGCCACUCACCUACGCGGCCCCCGAGACCCUCUAUGGCUCCGCCCCCAACUCCCCCCUGCUCGGGGACGCGCCCCCCGCCCCCAGCCCCGCCCCCCCCGAGGGGGAGGAGCCCGCGCCCCCCGCCCACGGCAGGCGCCGCUCCGAAGGGGAGCAGGAUGAGGAAGCCCCCCCGGAGGACGCGGAGGAGCCGGGGGGGGACACGGGGGGGGACAUCAGCCACGACGAGGACCUGGAGAGCGCGCGGCCCGCCCGCCCCCGCUGGGCCGGGGACAGGCCGCCGGGCCCCCCGCGCUGGGGGAUGGAGCUGCCCCGGGGGGGGUCGCUGCCGUUGCCCCCCCGACACUUCGCGCUCCGCGAGGGGCAACAACUGAAACGGCGCCGCCUCCUGCCCCCCACCCCCGCCGGCCGGAAGCCCUCGUUCACCAUCCAGUGCCUGCGGCGCCAGGGCAGCUGCGAGGACGAGCCCAUCCCGGGCACCUACAACCCCUCGGGCCCCCCCGGCCCCGCCCGCCCGCAGGGCUACGGCAGCUCCGAGACCUGGCGCCUGGGGGGCUCCUCGCAGGCCUGGGCGGCCCCGGCCCGCGGGCACGUCCUGUACGCGCCCCUCAUCCUGGUGGAGGGGGCGGCGGGGGGGGGCGCGGGGGGCAGCCUCCCCCCCCUCAACCGCUGGUUCCCCCCCGCGCCCCUGCGCCUGCGGCCCUGCGACCCCCGCGACGCGCUGGCCAGGGGCUCUGCGGACAGCCUGGUGGAGGCCGUGCUGAUCUCGGAGGGGCUCGGGCUGUUCGCCCGCGACCCCAAGUUCGUGGCGGUGGCCAAGCGGGAGAUCGCGGACGCGUGUGACAUGACCAUGGACGAGAUGGAGAGCGCGGCCGCCGACCUGCUGACCCGCCGCCGGGCCCCGCCCGCGCCCGCGCCCGCCGUGUACAGCGACGAGGAGCCGCUGCGGCCGCCGCCCGAGGAGGAGCUGGCGGACGAGAUGGGCUGGGCCGGGGGCGUCUGACCGGGCACGGGCACCGCGGGCAGGGGAGCGGCACCGGCCGGAGGGCUCCGGGACCGGCAGCGGGGGAGCUCUGGGACCGGGACCGGGACCCGCCGGGCGGGCUUUGGGACCCGGGACCGGGACUGGGACCCGCCGGGCGGGCUUUAGGACCCGGGACCGGGACUGGGACCCGUCGGGCGGGCUUUAGGGACCGGGACUGGGACCCGCCGGGCGGGCUUUAGGGACCGGGACCGGGACUGGGACCCACCGGG